AGUCUGCUACCCCUGGCAAUGAAGUCAUGUAUAUUUUUGAUGGUGUACCUGGGAGCACUGGUUCUCCCUGCAUCUGAAGGCAAUGAGCUUCCAGAGGCCAAGUACCGUGAUCGCCGGUUCUUGUUGGGAAACAUUUUUGGUGGGAACAAUCCUCCUCCUUCAAACACGGAGGCCCCAAUACUACCUGACUCCUCUCUGAUAGACCCAGAAUCUUUUUGUGAAGGUGGCUGUCAUGACGGCUGGAUGAGUUACAUGGACCAAUGCUACAUGUUUGUUCAGAAACCAAUGUCAUGGGAAGAAGCUGAGAGGUCUUGCCAAAGCCAAGCCACAGGUGGACACCUAACUAGCAUUUCAAGUGCAGAACACAAUGAGUUCCUUGUGAAUCUGGCCACUUACCAGGGACAAAGGACAGCCCAAUUUUGGACAGGAGGAAGACACCAAAAGGGGUCUUCUCUUGAAUGGGUGGAUGGCUCUGGGGCAAAUUUCAUUCAGCGACCACUGAGCUCACUUCUUCAUACUCUUGGAGAAACAAUUAAUAGUAUUCUGAACAUUCGCAUCUGCUUGAAGUUAAAUAUAAAUAUAGGAGGCCAGGGUAACUGGGAUGGCUCUGAUUGUCAAAAGAAGCUACCCUUCAUCUGCAGCUACAAACCAAACCUGACACCCCCAUAA